AUGGGAUCCGCUCGCACCCUCCACCGUUCAGAUUUGCAUCUAGAGUCUAUCUAUGCUGCUAAGAACCUAGGUUUCUACGAUCGCGUGUCAACAUCUUUAGAUCAUUCCGCGGGGGAGGACAUGGCUACAGACCAAUUAGCAGAGCGUCAGGCCUCCCCAAGUCAGAACCAAUCUCUAUCCAGCAAUGUCAUCUGCCCAGACCAUCAGAGCGAAUAUUUUUCUCGAGAGGAUUCUUAUAUGAAUUUAUCAUUUUGCGAAUCUUGGCCUCCAGCUACCUCAAGCUCUCCGCGCCUAGAUAUUGAUCCAGAUCUCGAUCUAAUCCCCUCACCAGACCUUGACGUGGCUAUGAUGGACCUUUCAUCACCGGCCUAUAUGCAGCUCCAGGCCGCGGGGCUUGGCGACGAAGCGAACUCUAUAGAGUCUGCUGCAGCUAUUUUUCAAGCUGAGGCCGCCAUCCCUGGUGUACAAUAUGACCCUCUAUGCGCUCUUGAUGGCGCCACUUUUAUUCGGCUUACAGAAAAUAAUGACUGCCCCCAAACUGAGACGUUUGGCGAGGAGAAAAACCUCGUCCUUGGCACUGGUGCGGAUACUUUGCCCGCUGGUUGUGUAAGCCUGCAGCCGAAACAGCAAGAGGCAGUCCCAAGCAAGUUGGCGAUAGGCCCGUACAAGCAACUGCGUCCCCGGAUGCCAGUCAACCAAAGGCCAAAAAUAAAACAUUGUCGAGAUGUUUCCAAGCUUGACUGCGACAUGAAAUUCACCAGCGAAAAGGUUCUUGGUGAUCAUAUUAGAGAUGUCCAUGGAAUGAGAGCAUAUCCAUGCACUAAGCCUGGUUGUACAUACCGAGCCGCAAGAUAUGACAAUCUCGCUGGCCAUCAGAAGUACUGUAGCCCUGAGACUACCGUAAAGAAACGGCCCCGCGCUUCAUCACAGUUACCCGAUUCUUCCUCCGCAAGCACAGGCCGGCGGUCAAAGCGCCACUACAACGCUAAGAAUGCACAAGCCAGGGCAUUCGAGCGGCGACCACAGUCGUUAUCCGUAGGAGCCUCUCCUCUCUCUCAUACGGCUGCAAAUAAUGAUAAGGGAACGAUCUCUUUCGAUCAAUUUCAGGGCAAUGGCUCCAACUUAUUACAUUUCUUGUCCUCCACACUGAUGGGAGGUGCCAUUCUCUCCCAGGUUCCCUCUCUCCAGUCUAAAGCAAAUCUUGCUGGUAACCCGCGUGCACAGUCCAAAGGCGCUAUAAAAGCCGAAAACGAAAGACUUAGGGCUGAGAAUCACCAAUAUCAAUGGAUCCUUAGGGAAAUGCUAGCUUCUGCUUACAGGCCCGAUAAUUAUAAAUCCGAAGAUUGA